AUGCUGGCAGAAUGCUUGGCGCACCACGGAAUAGGAUACUUGUGCCUCAUUAUGCCGCUCUUGGAAACUAGCGCGGGAGCGACUUUUUUUUUCAGCCUGUGGUGCCUCUUCGCUUUCUGCAGACUCUACGACUCAGGGCAACAGCCUUCACAAUCCAUGGUCACCCAAUUAAUGUUCAAUUUCAUCGAGGGGACGCUGCUUCGCUUUCUUCUGAUCUCCUUUGACCGCACCCCCAUCAAGAAGGAGGUGAGGUCUUCACCGAGCGAGAAUCUCAAAGACCAGGUGGUCAGGACCUUCAGCCGUCCGACCGCCAGCCGUUUCACUUCAAUGCAAGCCUUUGAUCGCAUUGUGCGGCAGAAGAGGGGGAAGGCAGAAAGCUUGGAACCAGUGCUGGCAGUCAAGAAGAUCUGGCUUGAAAGGAAGAUGCGUGCCCAUGCCCAGAUGUUCUUUGCUGAUUAUGCUCGACGUCAUCAGCAACUCAGGCCGAACAUCGUGUCACACAUUCUGGAGUUUGUCGGCGAGGUCGUGACUGCUGAUGACUCUGACUCAACUUCGGAAAGGGUAACUCUUACCGAAGCGGCGCUUAGCACCUGCACAAGUAUCGAGUGGGUAAGCAGACAGCUCCGCUCGUUUUUGAAGAGCUAA